UUGAGGAAGUUUAGGAAAUUCUGGCGAACGAUCGCCUACUGGCAAGUGCUGGAGAGUUCGUGGAAGCCUUCCAAGAGCUGAAGACAUUUAAUUGACUGCUGCGCAAAAGGACCAUGUAAUUAUGAUGGAUCAAGACAGUCAGUGGCUGUACCAGCUUUUGGCGGAGGUGCAGCUGGAGCGGUUCUACCUGAGGAUGCGCGAUGGACUCAAUGUGACACGCAUUGAGCACCUGGACUACGUUAAGGAGUCUGACUUGGAACAGAUUGGCAUCAGUAAACCAGGACAAAGACGAUUAUGGGAAGCAGUCAAGCGCUACAAAACCAGCAUGCGACCACGGUCAUGGAUGUCCAAGGUCUUCAGUGGGGGGCGUGGCCCAGAAGGAGGUGAGCAGUGGAUUGCUGGUGGAUCUGGUCAGAGGCCGGAUGUGGGACGAGCACUUACGUGCCUUAUACAGGACAGUGAGCUGGUCUUUGGGGAGAAGCUAGGAUCAGGCUCCUUUGGUGUGGUGAAGAGGGCAGAAUGGCACACACCUACUGGACGAGUGCUGCCUGUAGCUGUGAAGUCCCUUAGGAGCAGUAUGUCAAGGGGGGCAGAUACAGUGACUGACUUUCUGCAGGAGGUCACCACCAUGCAGUCUCUGGACCAUCCCAACAUCAUUCGCCUCUAUGGUGUGGUCCUCACUCAGCCUCUUAAAAUGGUAACAGAGCUGGCUCUGUUUGGCUCUCUGUACGACACCCUGCGCUUGCGGCAGGGCAACUACCCACUGGGCCGCCUCUGGCUCUUCAGUACCCAGAUCGCUGCAGGGAUGGAAUAUCUGGAAGCACGGCGCUUCAUUCACAGAGACCUUGCAGCCCGGAAUGUUCUCCUGGCCUCCAGAGAGCUGGUGAAGAUUGGAGACUUUGGUUUGAUGAGGGAUCUGGGCCAGGACAGAGACCAAUACAUCAUGGGGCCCCACAGACGCAUCCCGUUUGCCUGGUGUGCUCCUGAGAGUUUGCGUGUGGGGUCUUUCUCACAUGCUUCAGAUGUCUGGAUGUUUGGGGUCACUCUGUGGGAAAUGUUUACUUACUGUGAGGAGCCCUGGCUCGGGAUGUCGGGGAGACAGAUCCUGUUUCGGGUGGAGCGGGAGGGUGAGCGGCUGCUGAGGCCGACAGACUGUCCACAGGAGCUCUACUGCGUGAUGCAGAAGUGCUGGGCUUGCAGCCCUUCUGAGAGGCCUACCUUCACCCGACUCACCACCAUGGUUGCUGAGGCUCAGCCAAAGGAGGUCCGUGCAGUGCGGGAUUUUUCAGCUCCCAGAAAGCUCACUCUACAAACCAAUGACCUAGUGAUCGUCAUAGAUCAUGGGCCGGAUUUGUGUGAGUGGAAGGGUCAGAACCAGAGGACGCUGAGUGUGGGCUGGUUUCCCCCAGCCCUGACUGCUCCUCCCAUGUCUUCAGCAGGUGCACCAGGCCCCGCUACCCCUGCUGGUCUUAUCUCUCCUCCUCUCCAAGGAAGCUUGCAGCACACAGGACACGGAGACAUGAAACCAGAGCGCACUUGGGGAACCCCAGAACGGCUCGAUGAUUUUAGAAACGCAAGGAUUUCUUUGCCAAAAGAGAAGGAAGGCUCUAAUCUAAAGAAAAUGGCAGGUAUGUCUCGAAGUCUUGAGUCAGUCCUGGGCAUUAAUCAAAACAAGGUUGAGGAUGGUGGUAGCCUAGCUCAGAGAACUCACCUCCGUAGGGGCAUCCCGGCUCACCUAAUCCAGGACCCACGGAGGUUUAGUGAUGCCAGUGGCGCCAAUCUUCCUAAACGACCGCCGCCCCCCAACUUCAAACGCAAGCCACAGCUAAUGCGUGAUUGGAGAGGAAACUUAGUCCCCACUCCCUGGCCUUCUCCUGCCCAUCCAAACCUGCAGCUACAAGCACAGCAGCAGGCUAUGGGUGUUAGCAACCUAGACAAGAUGGCCCAGUUGGCCAAAUCUGCUUCCCAACUAGACAAUGCCUUCGAAAGGGAAAGAGAGAAGGAGAGAGAACGAGAGAAAGUAAGAGAGAGGCUACAGGAAAGGUAUCCACCACAAGUAGCGAUGGAUAAGGAGGCACUCGUAUCGCAGGUCCAGGACGCAGUCCAUGGAGUAACCAUUGAAGAGGUUCAGAGAGCUUUACAGCGCAAUGACUGGAAUCCAGUUUCAGCAGAGCAGCAACUGAAGACCGAGCAGUUGUACCAAAUGACCCAGUGCUCCAGAGAGGACUGCUAUAAGAUCCUAGCACGCUACAACUGGGACCUGCAACACGCCAGUCGCUUUGUCCUCCGCAUGGCCAGAGAUGCUGCGCUGGAAAGACGUGGGGACAGAAUUUAGAAAAGAGACUUUGCUGAGCUCUGUCCACACCAACCAUCCUAUGGUGCAUUUCGGCGCAACUUCACAACCAGCAGGUGCUAGAAGUUCAAGACCUGAGGCAAGCCACUGCCUUGGAGCUAAAAGAGAGCAUCUCAACUUCCUUGACGACCAUGCUAAACCAGCAUGGAUAUCGGACACCUGCGGCACUGGAGUAGCGUAGUCCAACACUGCCUUGAGCCAAAGGAGAGCAGAUUUUUGGUAAUCCCUAUUUGUACCACUCUGAAAAUGCAAGAUGGGAGUUAAAACGCUGUGUCAUAGAAGAACUACUAACUGGAAACACUUUGGUAUUUGCCAUUGCCCAUGAACUGUGCUAUACAACGUAGAAUAAUUAUCCCUGCUGUAUGAGGAAAUGAACAAUGUCAGUUCUACUCCGUUAGCCUACUUUGAAACGGCUGAUCAAGAGACAUGCCUUAUGAAAGAUGCUUCCUCAAAUUAUAUCUUCCUAUGACAACAAACCCAAUCCACUUGUCCUGCUUCCUACAUAUAAGAAUAUAUUGUAUUGGUAUUGUCCACUACCAGCUGAAUGAGUGAAGCAUGUUUGCGGUACCUAAGAGUUUCAGAUGUAUUGUAAGGUGCUGAGAUUAUUUCAAUGCUCAACACUAAUAUGCUUAUAAUGAAGG